AAAAAAAAAAAAAAAAAAAAAAAAAUACCUAACUGGCGGAGGUGCUUAUUCAGCUACGUGUGUGUGUCACGGAAAAGAUGGCGAAAGGGGGCCCGUAGAUCCUCGAUACGUUGAAUCUAGAAAACCCGGAAUUGGCUGUUAUGGUAAAAACUCCCUACAAGUGUACCUUUCUUGUCUUUUCUCGCAGUACUGAAAAAGGCUCUGAAUUUGGUUUGAAGUGGUGGAAGUUGUAAUAGGGCUCAACAGAUCGUCAGCAUUUUGAAAUAUGAUGCCAGGGAAUAGUUGUUUUGAUUUGCAAGGCUCCAUGAGAGCUAAUCAUCAACAGCUUCAACAUUAUCAGUCUCAUUCGAAACAAGGGGCAAUUAAUGCAAAUUUCCCCCUCACUAUAGGUAGUAUGCAGCAGGACUGUAACCAGAAUAUUUCUUUGGCUGAUCGGGGUAAGUCUGCUAGUGAUGAAGAUGAACCAAGUUUUACUGAAGAUGCUGCUGAUGGUCUCAAUGACCUUAAUAGGGGAAAAAAGGCAACCCCAUGGCAGCGUGUGAAAUGGACCGAUCAGAUGGUGAGGCUGUUGAUAACUGCUGUUUCUUACAUAGGCGAAGAGACUGCUGCAGAGUAUGGUGGAAGAAGAAAAUGCUCUAAUUUGCAUAAGAAAGGGAAAUGGAAGUCAGUGUCAAAAGUCAUGGCUGAAAGGGGUCAUUUUGUUUCACCUCAACAGUGCGAGGAUAAAUUCAAUGACCUAAACAAGAGGUACAAAAGACUCAAUGAGAUCCUUGGCAGAGGAACUUCCUGUGAGGUAGUUGAAAAUCCUGCUCUUUUGGAUGUGCUGGAUCACGUAUCAGAGAAAGGAAAGGAGGAAGUUAGGAAAAUCUUAAAUUCAAAGCAUCUGCAUUAUGAAGAGAUGUGUUCCUACCAUAAUGGGAACCGCUUACAUCUGCCCCCAGAUCUUGAACUGCAGCGUUCAUUACGUUUGGCUCUUACAAGUAGAGAGGAGCAUGAUGACAAUGAUGUUAGGAAGCACCUGCAAGAUGACAAUGAUGAAGAUGAUCAUGAAACUGACUUGGUGGAGGACCAAGAUGAGUAUGAGGAGAAUCAUAGCUUGCCUAGGGAUCACAGGUUACAUGGGAUGUCAGGAGGUUUUUCAAAGAGGAUAAAACAAUGCCAGGGUCAUGAAAUUGUUACUUCUGGUAAUUCCUUGACUACUCUAGAUGGUAAUAGGACUUUCAGAUCUCAACCUCAGAAGGCAAACACUGAUGCCAAUCAAAUGUUUUCCGGAUGCAACAAAGCUGAUAUUCCGCAGAAACAGUGGAUGGAUCAUCGUUCGUUUCAGCUAGAAGAACAGAAGAUACAAAUUCAGGCGCAAAUGUUGGAAUUGGAGAAAGAGCGUUUCAAUUGGAAAAGAUUUAGCAGGAAAAAGGACAUUGAAUUGGAAAUGAUGAGAAUGGAAAAUGAGAGGAUUAAACUUGAUAAUGAAUGUAUGGCAUUGGAGUUGAAGCGAAAGGAAAUGCUUGCUGAAAAUGUUUAGGCUAUUGCUGUUGCGAAAGUUAGCUGUAUCAGGGAGUGUGCAUCAAAGUUUACAUUUCUUAGGGAAGAAAGAAAACCACCUCAGAAUCAGGUCUUUUUAUGAUAUUAACUGUGCAAACUGCAAAUUACUGCUUUGCCCAAUGUUGGCUAAUGCUCUUGCAUGUAUUCUAAGCUUGCAGUUAUCCUUGUAAACUUGGUUGAUGGUUUCUGAUUGUAUAUUUUGAAAAGAGAUCAAUCCUGUAACUCUCUUGGGUUUUAGUUUGUCCUUUCUCUUAA